CUAUUAGUUUUAUAAUUAACUCAUAUUUAAUCCUAUUAAUUAGUCUCCGAAUAUUCGAUGUGACACGGACUAAAUUUUAACUCGAGGAACCAAACACCCCCUCGUUUCCUCAUUUCCAGUUCGAAAGUUAGCCCCACAGUCCAUCCAGUUCGAAAGUUAGCCCAACAGCUGUUUGUUUCUUCUGUCUAGCAGAAGCUGGAAAGCUGACCCGACAAACUAAACGCCUGAACCAAACGGCCACCCUACGGCCUACGCCCAUCGCCGCCAAUUUUCCCACGAUAUUCUCUCUCCCGCGCCCAAUCCCUUCCAAGCGCGCCGCUGGACCGCGAGCGCCGCCCCAAAACCCCAUCCGCGCCGCCGCCCCAGCCCUUCCGCCCCGCGGCCCCAAAUACCCACCGCGCCGUCGCCCAAGCCCUACAGCACCGCCUCGGUCCUACCACCGCAGCCCGCAACAAACCACGCCGUAGCCCGUAGCCGCCGGCUGGAGCCUGGAGGAGGGGGAGCUGCAUCCUGGUAGGAGGGCGAGGUGUUGAAUCCGGGGAGUAGGGCAAGGAGCUGGGCCAGUGCCGCCGCCGCCUGGAGCGUGGAGGAGGAGCCGGGUCCAGUAGAAGGGCAAGGUACUGCGUCUGGCGAGGGUCAGUGCCGCCGCUGUGGAAGCUGUGUACGUGUUGCUGCAGAAGGAAGGCUCGAUCUGUGCCUCUGUGCACGGAAGCCUAAGGUCAAUUGCUUUUCUGUAGAAGCUAGGCAAGGGGAGGAAAAUGAAUAAUGCAAAUAUGAUAUAUAUUGUUUCUUAUAUUGCCUAGGAAAUCAUUCAUGGUAAAAUGUCCAAACAUUUUGUUACAAUCAGAAUCAAAGUUGUGGAUAAGAAUAAGGAUAAGAAUAAGGAUAAGGCUGAGGAUGAGGAUGAGGCUGAGGCUGAGGAUGAGGAUCAGAAGAAGAAGAAGAAGGAGGAGGUGAAGGUGGAAUAUGAAAUGUAUGAUGGGACUGUUUUGUCAUCCCAGCAAGAUUGCUUAUAUAUCAUAGCUUCAUCCAAGUUUAGAGAUAAAAUAGAUAGCAAACCUAUUGAGGUAAUGUUGCCAAAUGGAAAACUGAUCCCCAUUGAAAGGGGCUGUUUUGACAUGGCAUCUGAGGAUAGUGGUAUUAUUGGAAUCAGGUGUACCAAUCCCACACCUGGAGUUGAGUGUGGUUUUGGAAUGUUAGAGCCAAUUGAAAUUUGUGAAGAUCCUGUUCAAGAGCAGCAAGAAGUCUAUACGUACAGCCACCAUUUUAAGGAGAGGCUGCUUACACCUGGUUCGACUAUGUUAGUAGAGGAAAACUCCUUUGAUCAUGGCUGUGGACGGUUCAUCCACACACACAUAGGAACAGCUGUAGUCAACACAGAUGGGCGUUUCGUGGGCUUCAAUUUCUCCCACAAAGGAUACCUUACCGCAUAUAACAUGAGAGAGGUAGCAGCUAGGAUCGAGAAGAAUCAAGGAAGACAUUUCAAGAGAAUUUCAGAUACAUUUCAGCACCUGCGUCAGCAAUGUCGUGUGCUUGGGUUUCGUCUCUGUAAUCUUGAUGUCUUUGUCAAAAUCCAGUUGAUAGGCCAGCCGGAGGACUCAGCAUCAUGGAAAAAUCUGGCGGAGUUCCAGCAACAGAACUCUGCAUUUCAGUUUGAUGAGGAGACUAAGCAAGAAAUUGAGCAGGCAGUAGCGGAUGUCAGGGAUGCCAGGUUUGGGCGCUUCUAUGUGCGGAAUAGGAACCGCAAGCGGGCAGUAGUGGAUGCCAAGUUUGGGCGCUGCUAUGUGCGGCGUAGGGACCGCAAGUAAGUUGGUUUGGUUUGUUUUUAGGAGUAUGUACAUCUCCACAAACGAGCGACAGUCGUAUUUGUUUCAAACCUGGUAAGUUGGUCAGGUUGACUGGUGGCAUGCAGCUGUAGAAGUCCAAUGGUUGUCGUUUACUAUUUGACAACGUGGAGCAACUCUUAUUCCUAGGUGACUAACGUCUUUUUGUCCGUCCAUUUGGUAAAAGUAGAAGUCAGCAAACUAAUUUGGACUUGGCAUUGUAACCCAGGAAUGUAGGAAAUGCAUUUACCAGUGAUGUACUAAUGGUCAGAUGCUAUAUGCUGUCUCAGCUGUUAUUGCUCUUUA